AUGAGGUUAAGAAUAUUCAUGAGUAAUGAAUUGACUGACCCAAAACCUGCAUUUUUAUAUUACAUUUCAGAUAAUGCAGAGAAGCGUUUCAAAGUGACUGGUGCCAUGGCAACAGCAAGGACAUACACUGACUCUGACCGAUGGAAUUUCUGUUGCAUAAGCAUUGUGACUGCAGAACAUGCCUUGAAGGUCUUGCAAGAUGUUCUUCAGAUAGAACUUAAAACAAAGUAUCCCAAUCUAUUUGACCUCAGCAUGGGGUUGUUAAAUGGGGUGCUUGGUGACAGAACUGUCGAGACUGUACUGUUUAGAUUAUCACCAAAGAUAUUUAAUCGCCAUCAACGGGAACAGCUGUAUCCCACUGGAAAUCCCUCCACAUCAGUAACUGUUGCUGACUUAGACAUCACACUGACUGUGCUUUUGUUGAGGAACAUUACCUUGUUGAACCCUUGUCCUCGGUUGAAUGCAAGGGACAAACCCUCUGACACAAACACAUCAAAAGAAGCCACCAUAGGACGAAUUAAAAUGUAUCGUGAUAUUGUGUAUAAUCAUGUAAACAAGGCAGCGAUCAGCGAUGAAGAUUUCAAAGCAUAUUUUUCAAAGCUUAAGUCCAAUCUCUUGGUUCUUUUUAGUAGGUUCACAAAUGAGGAUGAUGACGCCAUAUUGUCUGAAACUCUUGAUGCUGCGAGAAACCAGAGCAUUCUUAAAAAAUGGUACUAUUAUGACAAAGAUGUAAAAGUUGAAUUGAUGCGUCUGAAAUCAACAAUGGAGGAAACCCCAAAACUUGGGUUCCAUAUAGAACAGGUUCAAAGAAGAAAUGAAGACACUGUUCUCAGAGAGGUGAGAAGUGAAACGCAGAGAACACAUGAUAAACUUAAGAAAAUCGGAUUGGCAUUAGAACAAAGCGCUCCGAUUACAGAAGAAGUUCAGGAAAAACUUCAGGUGAUUUAUGACAAUGAUCGAGACAGAAGUGAACUUCAGAAAAUAACAG